CUGGGAAAGUUGAGGCCGCGCUGCCGCUGGGUCUCCUGCCUUGAGGGCUUGGGCUCGCAGCGGCGGCGGCGGCCGCUAGAAGAGGCGGCGGGGGCGGGGGGAGAGGAGGGCUUGGGCCCGCGCUCCCCCAGCCCCAGAGGAGCAGGGGGCGGCCGCAGAGGGAGAGAUUCGCCCCGGCGGUCGGACAUCCCUGCCGUACCCGCCUGGGAUCAUGACCCAGGCGGGGGUCGCCGCCGCCUCCGCCGCCGCCGCCGCCGCCGCGGCCGAGACUGCGCAGCCCGCGGUAAGAAGAAAACAUAACUUAUAGACCAUCUUCUCGCAGGAGAUGAUAGAUUUGGAUCAGAAACAGGAGGCGUUGCAAACUAGGAAUCAAAAGUGAAGAAAUUCUGCAAGCCCUUGGGUGAGAAAGGUUCCUGUUACUCUAACCAUGCCAGAAAUGACAGAGAAUGAGACUCCUACAAAAAAGCAGCACAGAAAGAAAAACCGGGAGACACACAAUGCAGUGGAGAGGCAUAGGAAGAAAAAAAUCAAUGCUGGGAUUAACAGAAUAGGAGAGCUGAUCCCUUGUUCCCCUGCACUGAAGCAGAGCAAGAAUAUGAUCUUGGACCAAGCCUUUAAAUAUAUAACAGAGCUGAAAAGGCAAAAUGAUGAACUCCUGCUUAAUGGAGGAAACAAUGAACAAGCUGAAGAAAUUAAAAAGCUACGUAAACAACUGGAAGAAAUUCAAAAAGAAAAUGGCCGAUAUAUUGAAUUAUUGAAAGCAAAUGACAUAUGCUUAUAUGAUGAUCCCACAAUCCACUGGAAAGGAAAUCUUAAAAACUCAAAGGUCUCUGUUGUUAUUCCCAGUGACCAGGUUCAAAAAAAUAUUAUUGUUUAUUCCAAUGGGAGUCAGCCUGGUGGAAACAACCAGGGAACAGCUGUUCAGGGGAUAACCUUUAAUGUUGGCCAUAAUUUACAAAAGCAAACUGCCAAUGUGGUGCCAGUACAGAGGACUUGCAAUCUUGUGACUCCUGUGUCUAUUUCUGGAGUUUACCCUUCUGAAAACAAGCCAUGGCAUCAGACUGCAGUUUCUGCAUUGGCUGCCAACCAGCCUGUUCCUCUUUGUCUUCCGGCUACCAUUCCUGCUCAAAAUAUUCUCGAGCUUUCCACCUCCGAAAGCGAACCAAGUGUUCUUGGCACCACCACUGGCUCCCUGAUUGCUAUUCCCGUUGGGCCUGAACCUCACCAACAUCGUCCCUUGCACACAAGUCUAAAUGACCAAAAUUCUUCUGAAAAUAAGAAUGGGCAAGAGAACCCCAAAGUAUUGAAGAAAAUGGUCCCUUGUGCCACAAGCAUCCCCUCCAGCUCCUCAGCAGCGGCUGCUAAAGUGAACCAUGGAGGCAAGUCCUGCCCGAGCAUACAGGAUUUCAGAAGUGAUUAUCAAACCACCUUUGUUGUUUCAGUUACCACCACAGUCUGCUCCCAACCCCCAAGAUCUGCAGGUGAUUCUUGUCCAAUGAGCAUUAGCAAGGGUGCAGACUUAACAAGUGUCUCCACAGCGGUGGCCCCAUCUGCCCCUGGAGGAGGGAAGACCACCACUCCUGUAAGCACUCUUUCUGCAAACCCUUUGGAUAAUGGUUGGGCUCCCUCUUGUUCUUUGCCUUCUUCAGCUGUUAGUGCUUCAGAUAUGAAAAACAUUAAUAGCCUUACUCGAAUUUCCUCAGCUGGAAACACGCAGACAACGUGGACUACUUUGCAACUGGCAGGAAACACUAUUCAGCCCUUAAGCCAGACACCAUCUUCUGCCGUGACUCCAGUAUUAAAUGAAUCUGGUACUAGCCCCCCCACAACAAACCACAGUAGACACGGAGCUACAGGCAUCAACUUGAAUAAUUCCUUUCCAGCAGAUGGGCAGCCAGUUGAGCAAGUAAUUGUAACCUUGCCUUCUUGUCCAUCCUUACCUAUGCAGCCACUAAUUGCCCAGCCACAAGUUAAAUCUCAGCCCCCCAAAAAUAUCCUUCCAUUGAAUUCAGCAAUGCAAGUGAUUCAGAUGGCUCAGCCAGUUGGGACAGCUGUUAAUGCAGCUCCAGCUAAUCAAAAUGUUAUUAUUCUUCAGCCACCCAGCACCACUCCGUGCCCGACAGUGAUGAGGGCAGAGGUUCCCAACCAAACCGUAGGGCAGCAGAUAGUAAUCAUACAGGCAGCUAAUCAGAAUCCUUUGCCACUCCUCUCGGCUCCACCUCCUGGUUCUGUUCGGCUCCCUGUCAAUGGAGCCAAUGCUAUAAUAGGAUCUAAUUCAGUGCAAAAUAUUUCGACUCCACAGACUUUUGGGGGAAAGCAUCUUGUCCACAUAUUACCAAGACCUUCAUCAUUAUCAACAUCUAAUUCAACACAAACUUUUUCUGUUACCAUGUCAAACCAACAACAGCCUCAAACCAUUUCUUUAAAUGGACAGCUCUUUGCUUUGCAGCCUGUGAUGUCUUCAUCAGGAACUACAAACCAAAAUCCUAUGCAAAUUAUUCAACCCACCACCAGCGAAGAUCCAAAUACCAACGUUGCCCUGAAUACAUUUGGCGCUUUGGCCAGCCUCAAUCAAAGCAUAUCACAGAUGGCUGGGCAAAGCUGUGUACAAUUGUCUAUUAGCCAGCCUGCCAACCCUCAAACUGCUGCAAAUAGUCAAACUACCACAGCUAACUGUGUUUCAUUAACAGCAACUGUAGCUUCUCCCAUGACAAUAGAUAGUUCAGCCACACUACCCAGUAUUUAUAAUCUAGUGACUGCUCCCUCAGUGAACACUGUAGCUUGUUUGCCUAAUGUGAAAUCAAAAAGGUUGAAUAAGAAGCCAGGUGUCAAGAAACACUUAGCAGCUAACAAGUCAGCAUGCCCCCUGAAUCCAGUCAGAAAUGUGGGCAAAGCAGACAGCCCCAGCACUGAAGGCUCAGCAGAGCCACCAUGUAACGCUGGACUGCUGGAAAGCCCCCCUCUCAUGUCGCCAUCUGUCACUAUGUCCCAGGCAAAGAGUACCGCAAGUGUUUCUGGCUCACAUCCUUUGGAUGUUCUGAAUUCGGAACCAGUGAUACCUGAGUCUGUACCCAAAUCUAAGUCAGCAGAAGAGUCUAAUUCACCCUUGCAAGAAUCUGUAACAAGUGAACAUUUUGCAAUGGCCCCAGCAAAAUCCAAAGAUUCUGCCCCCAUAGUGCAACGAGAGAUAUCUCAGGAUAAGCCACCAACUAGUUUGGCAUUGUCAGAUGCUGCCAAACCCUGUACUUCAGCCAACAUGUUGAUUCCAACUUCAAAUGAUCCCCACAUUUUGGUUUCUCAGGUUUCUGGUUUGUCAUCUGCCACGAGCACCACAAGUACUGACUCUGUUUCUGAGAUAGAAAUCAUGUCUGAACCUUGCAGAGUUGAGCAAGAUUCAUCAGAUAGAAUGGAAGCCCCAGGUCUCUUAAAGGAGCAAGGUUUAACUGCAUUACUAUCUGGUCUUUCUAAAGAAAAAGACUCUCAGAAAUCAUCUCUUUCAGUCCAGGUGGACCAUCCUGACUUUUCUUCAGAAAAUUCUAAAAUAGUUGAUGCAAGUGUUGAUUUACAGCCCAAACAGGAGUUGUUACUGAUGAGCAGUGAGGAUAGAGAUCCGGGACAGCAUCAUUCCUGCACCCCUGAUCAUGAGGGUAUUCAUGGUUCUUUGCUCAACAGUAGGCAGACUGACUCUCCCAUGUCAACCAGCUCUGGCAGUAGUCGUAGUUUCUCAGUUGCAUCCAUGCUUCCUGAAACAUCCAGAGAGGAUGUCACCAGCAAUGUACCAACUAAUACGUGUGACAGCUGUACCUUUGUAGAGCAAACUGAUAUAGUCGCUCUUGCAGCAAGAGCUAUUUUUGACCAGGAGAACCUUGAAAAGGGAAGAGCUGGCACCCAGGCUGAUAUAAGGGAAGUUACUUCAAAGCCUUCCGAAGCAUCAUCUUUAGAGGGAGACCAGCCUUUCAAAACACAGAUCUCUAAAGAGAAUGGCCCAGGUCAGGCAGAAGCAACACCAAAUGAAUUUAAUUCUCAGGAUUCAAUUGAAGCAACUGUGGAUAGGCCCCUUGAAAAACCAAGUUGUUCUGUAGGAAUUAAAACAUCAAAUGCCUCUUUGCAGGUGUCGACUUCUCAGCCACCAAACAUCACCAGUUUAAGUGUGAAUAACCUUAUCCAUCAGAGCAGCAUCAGCCAUCCUCUUGUCAGCUGUGCUGGAUUAACCCAAACUUCAGAGCAAACAACUGUUCCUCCUACAGUUAAUCUGACUGUUUCAUCUAGUUCCUAUGGCAAUCAACCUCCUGGACCACCUCUCAUGACUGAAUAUUCCCAAGAACAACUAAACACUAUGACUGGCACUAUACCAAAUCCACAGAUUCAAGAGCCACUCUUAAAGCCAAAUCAUGAAAGCCGUAAAGACUCUGCUAAGCGUGCUGUCCAAGAUGACCUUCUGCUGUCUUCGGCUAAACGUCAAAAGCAUUGUCAGCCAGCUCCCCUCAGGCUUGAAGGUAUGUCCCUGAUGAGCCGAACUCCAGACAGCAUUUCUGAUCAAACUCAAAUAAUGGUUAAUCAGAUUCCUCCCAACUCUUCAAACUCAGUUGUGCCUAUUAGCAACCCAGCACAUGGAGAUGGCCUUACACGAUUAUUUCCACCUAGUAACAACUUUGUGGGCCCUGCACUGAGGCAAACUGAAGUUCAGUGCAGUUCUCAGCCUUCAGUUGCUGAGCAGCAGCAAACCCAGGCCAGUCAACAUCUGCAGGCCCUGCAACAGCAUGUUCCAGCUCAAGGGGUAUCUCACCUGCACAGUAACCAUCUCUACUUAAAGCAGCAGCAGCAGCAGCAGCAGCAGCAGCAGCAGCAAGCAGGGCAGUUAAGGGAGAGACAUCAUUUGUAUCAACUGCAGCAUCACAUACCUCAUGCAGAGAGCUCUGUCCACUCUCAGCCCCAUAAUGUCCACCAGCAGAGAACUCUGCAACAGGAAGUCCAGAUGCAGAAAAAGAGGAAUCUUGUUCAGGGCACUCAGCCCUCUCAGCUUUCCUUACAACCGAAGCACCAUGGGACUGACCAAUCCCGCCCCAAGAGUGGUCAGCCACAUCCCCACCAUCAGCAGAUACAGCAACAGAUGCAGCAACACUUCGGAAGCUCCCAGCCAGAGAAGAGUUGCGAAAACCCUUCAACCAGCCGGAACCACCAUAACCAUCCCCAGAACCAUCUCAAUCAGGAUAUCAUGCACCAGCAGCAGGAUGUUGGAAGCAGGCAGCAAGGAUCAGGGGUUUCUUCUGAACAUGUUUCUGGGCACAAUCCAAUGCAGAGGCUCUUGACAUCAAGAGGCAUAGAGCAGCAAAUGGUGUCGCAACCAAGUAUUGUGACUAGAUCUUCAGACAUGACCUGUACUCCACACAGACCAGAGAGAAAUAGAGUUUCAAGUUAUUCUGCUGAGGCACUCAUUGGAAAGACAUCUUCUAAUUCAGAGCAGAGAAUGGGUAUAUCAAUUCAGGGUUCUAGAGUUUCAGAUCAGCUUGAAAUGAGAAGUUAUCUUGAUGUACCCAGAAAUAAGGGUUUGGCCAUUCAUAAUAUGCAGGGUCGCGUGGACCAUAAUGUUGCCUCAGAAAUCCGCCUUUCUGACUGUCAGACAUUUAAACCAGCUGGAACCAUUCAACAGCCCCAGAGUAAUUUUGAAGUACAGUCUUCAAGGAAUAAUGAAAUAGGUAACUCUGUGUCAUCAAUGAGGAGUAUGCAGUCUCAGGCUUUUCGAAUUAGUCAAAACCCUGGUCCACCACCAGUUGACCGCCAAAAGAGAUUGCCUUAUCCACCAGUUCAGAGCAUCCCAACAGGAAAUGCCAUUCCAGCAAGAGACAGUGAAAAUACAUGUCAUCAAAGUUUCAUGCAGAGUUUACUUGCCCCUCACCUUGGUGAUCAGGUCAUUGGAAGCCAGAGAUCACUCUCAGAACAUCAGAGGAAUACACAGUGUGGUCCAUCCCCUGCUAUUGAAUAUAAUUGCCCCCCAACUCAUGAAAGUGUCCAUAUUAGGAGAGAAAGUGAGAAUCAGAAUAGGGAAAGUUGUGAUAUGUCCCUAGGUGCAAUUAACACCAGGAACAGCACCUUAAGUAUUCCUUUUUCAAGUUCUUCUUCCUCAGGAGACAUUCAAGGUCGAAACACAAGUCCCAAUGUUUCUGUACAGAAGUCCAAUCCCAUGAGGAUUACUGACAGUCAUGGGACCAAGGGCCACAUGAACCCUCCAGUCACAACCAACAUGCAUGGGGUUGCAAGGCCAGCUUUGCCACAUCCAUCUGUGUCUCAUGGAAAUGCUGAUCAGGGGCCUCCUGUACGUCAAACUAAUUCUUCAGUUCCCCAGCGAUCAAGGCAUCCUUUGCAAGACAGCAGUGGUUCCAAAAUUCGUCAGCCUGAAAGGAAUCGUUCUGGAAACCAAAGGCAUAGUAAUGUCUUUGAUCCAAGUCUUCCUCAUCUCCCUCUCUCUGCUAGUGGCAGUAUGAUUCUUGGACGCCAACAACCCACUACAGAGAAGAGAGGAAGUAUUGUUCGUUUCAUGCCUGAGAGCCCACAAGUACCUAAUGAUAAUUCAGUGCCUGAUCAGCAUACACUAUCACAAAAUUUUGGUUUUCCUUUUAUUCCUGAGGGUGGCAUGAAUCCACCAAUAAAUGCUAACACUUCUUUCAUUCCACAGGUUACUCAGCCUAGUGCCACUCGAACUCCAGCUCUCAUCCCUGUAGAUCCCCAAAAUACUCUACCUUCCUUCUAUCCCCCGUACUCUCCUGCUCACCCUACGCUGUCCAAUGACAUUUCAAUCCCCUAUUUUUCAAAUCAAAUGUUUUCAAAUCCUAGCACAGAGAAAGUAAACAGUGGAAGUUUAAAUAACCGAUUUGGAUCAAUUUUAUCUCCUCCAAGACCUGUUGGUUUUGCUCAACCAAGUUUUCCUCUUCUCCCUGAUAUGCCACCAAUGCACAUGACCAACUCUCACUUAUCCAAUUUCAAUAUGACAUCUUUGUUUCCAGAAAUAGCUACCGCUCUUCCUGAUGGUUCAGCAAUGUCACCUUUGCUUACAAUUGCAAACUCCUCUGCCUCUGACUCUUCCAAGCAGUCCACAAACAGACCUGCCCACAACAUAAGCCAUAUUUUAGGUCAUGACUGCAGUUCAGCUGUUUAAAUACCGAUAGACUAGAUGUAAAUGUAACAGUUGAGAUUACACAUGUAUUUGUGUGUGCAUGCACACGUAUGGGCACAUGAAGAGGGAGAUUGCGCGUGUGUAUGCCUUUGUGUUCGUAUAGUCAAUUUACAGUUACCUUCUGAAUGUAGGGAAGCCAUGUCAGAGAUGAUGCAAAUACUGGGUUGUCAGAUAAUCUUUCAUUUUUAACUGCAUCAUGUGCUUUUUAUAUUUUCCAAGCAGAUUUGCAUUUUGAAGAUUGAUUUGUAAUAUCCCUAAAUAUUAAUCAGCUGGAAGCUGGGUGAGUUCAUCUUGGCAUGUGUUCGGUAGUAGAAAGGAACCCAGAUUUUGAACUUGAUUGUUGAAAAUAUGUAAAAUAGUUGAAAUGGUUAAAUUGUUUUUCAGAAAUACGGAUAGUUCAAUAUAGCACAAUGGCUCAUAACCAAAUGCUGGUUGAUGUCAGCCUCUAGAACAGUUUCUUACCCAUGGCAGGUGUUGAAUUAGUAUAGAAUGAAUGUCCAUGGUUAAAGUCAAGCAGCUAGCAAAUAAAUGAGUUGUUUAAUCAGCCUUUAUUCCUAAGAUUUGGUUUAGGUGGAGGCUUCUUUCUUAAUUAUAACAAUAAAUUAUCAGAGUUUCAUGUCUUGUUCCUCAAAUUAGAGAGCUGUGUUAUCCUUUAAUGUGCCAAGAUCCUUUAAAGCAAAGGUCUUCCCUAAACAGUUAGCCUUAAAAAUAGAAAGUGAAAAAGAAAAGAACAUAGAUACCUUCCAUUUUGUACUUGCAUUUUGCAUCAGACAAUAAGGAUAAGAGCAGUUAUAUUGUGGAGUUUUGCAUGUGUUCAGUUAAAGAUUGUUGUUUCAUCAGUUGAGUGUUGUUUUCAUAUUCUCUUCAUUCUAUUUAUUGAUCUUGAAAUAAAUUCUUUUACAUUUGUUUACUCAGUAGGGACUGAUCAGUAAAUAAUGUGUUUGGAAUCUACAUAUUAUUUGAACCUUUUAAGAUAUUUCUUUGCAAGGUCUUAAGCUCUGUCCUUAUUUUCAUUUACUGAUAUUUGUGUUUAAAGUGGCAUUGUAUAUUGCAUUAUUAUCCUUCAUAGCAGGAUUAUAAUAACAUAAAUUUGUUCAAUAUUUUUCCCAAUGGUAGAUGUGAAAUGGUGCUUCAGAAAUUGUCUCUGUAUGUUCGUGUGUAUGUGUGAGUGUGUGUGUACACAUAGGUUUUUAAGUAUAAACUGGUCAUUUAAAAAUAGGCCUGCCAUCUGAAAAUGGGAAACUGAAACCCAUGACCUGCUGAAGUAUAGAAAAACUUGAUGUAGGGGUUUUAAAAAGCCCCACUGAAAUUAAUAAUAAUCCUAAAAAAUAUAUAUGUAUAUACUUAUACAUUGAAUUUUGAAAACUUAAACUAAGUCAACAACCAUAUAUGCUCACAUUGUCAAACCCACUACUUUUUGUUGUUAUAUUCUGCCAAAAAUGGGAUGGAGUGGGAGAGAUGCAUAUAAAUUGUUCUGUCUGCUCUGUUAACAAAGUGAACUCAAGGACCAGCAUUUCCCCCCUCCUUCCUUAAAAAAGCCUCCUAGGGUUUGGUUAGAGCAGGAACUCCAGUGAAUACCUCUUCUAAAGACUCAGCAAAAGGGUCAUCUGUGCCUCUUCAACUGCUCUUAACCAAACUUUCCCAUCUACUCGUGCUGCCAAAUGAAGCAGCCUUCUAGGGGUUAAAAAAAAAAAUUGUAAAUUAGAAAAACUUUUGUAUUUUCUCCUUUCAAAAUGGUCAUGGGGAGGAAUCGGAGAGCUUCAUGAAUAAGUUAUUCAACAAGACCACAGCUAAACGCCGUAGUUAAAAGUUUAAAUUGAGAAAAAAUGUAAGAUUUAUGACUUGUUUUUUAAUUAACUGAGCUUUAAGCUUUAACAUUCAAGUUUUUCUCUGUACUUGAAAGAUCCAAUCUGCUUAUUUCAAGGACAGUUUUCAAUGUGUUUGACUAUUUAUUCUCUCUUUCUUUGUAUGUCUCUCUCACACAGACACACAUGUGCGCACACAGUGGCUAGUGAGUUCUGAAGAACUGGGGACUCUUAGAUGUAAUUGGAACUAAGGUAACAAGCUAAGGAGAAACUCAGUUUGAACAUGGCAAUGAAAAGGCCUCAAAGCCUGGAACAUUCAGACACUUCUGUUGCAUUGAUUGUAUUUUUCUCUUCAGAUCUGUUCAGAGGUACAGUUCUCAGGGCUUUCAUUCCAAGCCUGUAACACUUUGAUCCUGAAUGAGUCUUUACCCCUAAAUAAGGCUUACUUGACCACCUGAGGAAAGAUACUGCCAUCUGCAAAUAAUUUGGCUCCUGCUUACAUGUAGCUCUAAUUAUCUUACAGAAAUGUGCAUUUUAUUUAGGAACUCAAGUCUGUGAGGGGUCUGAGCAUAGUAAUCUUAUUUGAUUUAAAAGCACAAGUGUAUGAGAUUUACCAGCAGUAUUGAGUAUGUGAUAAUUAGAGCUACCUGAUUUUUGGGGUGGAAUUUAUUUUAAUAUUUACUGAUCUCUGGAUGUAAUUUUUGGCAAAGGAUUGGCAGAGAACGUAGUCGGUUUUGGUUAUAGUAAAUUUAAUGUUAUUUUUGGCUUGCUAAUAUAUGACUAUAGCAUGUAAAACCAUUUCCACAAAUAAUUUUUUUAAUUUCUGGAAAUACACAAGCUUCUGUAUGAACUAUAAAUGAGAGGCAUUGAUUAUAUCAAUUUUCUCUUUUAGUAUUAUUAAUCACAUGGAAUGUUACAAAAAAGUGGUUGAUUCCUCUAAAUAUUUAACACAGUAACUUCUAAUGAGAUGAAAACUUUCAGAUUUUUCAUCAUGUAUAAACUUUUAGUGUGUCAAUCAAGUUUGAUGUCAUUUCUGUUUUUUGUACAAACAGGUUGUUUUGGGAUGUUUUAUACCACUUUGGGACAUUUAUUUUUUGUUUUAUUGCAAGACCCUCCAGUGGUAUCAGAGAUGGCACCCUUUUUCUAAGUAAGGAGUGAGAAUUCCAGAGUAAUCAUGCUUUAAACAAUUUUACAUAUCAGAACUGUGGAAAGAGAAAAAUGAGGAGGGGAUGUUCUUUUGCAGCAAUUUCCAGUCACAUAUUAGAGUGAACUUCAGUGAGGAUCAGCUUUUAAAAUCAGCUUUUUAAAAUAAAAAAUUACUUAAACAAACUUAUUUAAAAUUAUUUUAAUGAUAAUUCAUUUGCCAUGCUCUUGCAUUCUAACAUUGGCCAUUUCCUAAAGAGGCUAAAAUUUAUACUCCUCCCCCCCACCAAAAAAAAAAUGUUGGAAACACAUUUAAUGGGAGUAAAGCUUUAAAAAUUUGAGAAAGGGUAAAGACGUAAAGAUACAAAUCUUCAUAGCUAUAUCCUUCCUUUGAUACAUAGGUACCUAGGCUCUUAUUUUCUUCCAUCUGCUCUGUGUCAAACAGGUGACAGGGAAUCUGGUCAUUUCCUUAGCAUGAUGAUUACUCCUUUGCCUUCAAACAUUUAUUGGGCAUACCAUCUAUUGAGUCAGUGUGUGACAGGAAGUCAUACUCCCAAAUCAGUAAUUCCCAGGUCUUGGUUUUGGGAACUAUUAAGUCACCCAGUUUCUUGAAACAUGAGUAAAUCAAAAGUGAUUUAAAAUAUUUAAUGUGCCACAUAGUUCUCUACCUUGUUUUAAUGAGCCUCCCCGCCGCUGCCCGCCUCCACUCCCCACCACGGAGUGAAGAAAGGGCAAAGAUGAUCCCAGAAGACAGCUUUGAUUUGCUGUCCUUAGGAACCUGGAUGUCAUUGUUGUAAUUCUGUUGUCUAUAUAAACCCUGCCUUUGCCUGGAGAUAACUGCUUAUGGCUUUGUACAUCCAGAGGGCAUAGUAAUAGCCAGAGAAACUAGUGUGAAGUUACUUUGUGAGUGAUGAUUUUAUGAUACCUAUAUGCACACUAAAGGCCAGAAAACAGUUUCUUGAGAUACCUUUUUGGCUACAUUUCUCCUUCACCAGAGUUCAACAAGAAAAGGGUUCUUUUUUGGACUUAACUGUAUUUUCCCUGCAGUCUACACUUCCUGUGUCAGCCUGAGAGUUUUUCUGCUGAGUCUAUGGGGGACAUCAAGAUUAGAUUGAGGCAGUCCAAAUAUGCCGGGAGGAAGUGUUAGAAACCUUCUUGGACAGAGUUUCUUUCUCGUUCUGCUCACAUGCCUCUUCCCUGGUACUGCACUUUACUGAAACUGUGCCUCUGGUCCUAAGACCAGCCAUUGGAACAUAUCGCUCACCUGCUUCUCUGUUACAGCAAAGUACCAGCCAGGAUGGUACAUGUCAAGUAAUCAAACACCUGGAAGACAAGUACAGCUGAUGUUUCUCACUGUUGCCUUAUCAUUCUCUGAGCCAUCUUUGAUUCCAAUCUUGUUAAAAAAAAAAAAACAAAAACAAAAAAACCCUUAUUAGGUAGAAGAAAACUCCUUUUAAACUCCACUUGUAUGUGAUGGUCAUCCAACAUCCUUAUUUAUGGAUUUGCGCAAACCCCAACAUCCUUAUUUCUAGAAUUAUGUAAUCUUUUUCUGUCUUGUGCAUGUGUUCAGAUGCUACAUAAACAUGAGCUGUCUUGCAUGGAAACUAUUGGGCAUAAUAUCCAAAAUGGUGUUAUUUUGUAUGACUGCAUAAUCUUCACUAGAGAUUUCAUGAGACAUAGAAGAUAACUAUUUGCAAUUUAACCUUUUAAACAAAGAUGAUCCUGAGUAUGUAUUUUUUUGGCUCAGCUGUGUGUUCAGUUAUACAUCAUACUGUGUCAUAGGAACUUAAUGUUUACUCCAGCUAGAUGCCCUCUUUCACUUUUCUGGAUCCCUGUUCCCCACCCUCUAAGUCUUAAAACCAUUUUUCAUCUGUGAGGUCACUGAGGCACUGGACUUGAUUAUAUUGGUAACCUUCAAGGGGAGUCGAAUUGUUGAUCUUCCAAGAAGAAAGGGACCAGACAGUGUUGCUUGAAAUGCUGCAAUUGUGUUACUGUGAAGAAAAGAUUUGCUUCCACUUUCAGCAGGCCAUAUAUGUAUUCAUUUUGGUAAAAAAUAGGUGGAAAAAUCUGAGAACAUAAUCACCUUCACAAAUUAUUUAUAGAUACACUGGGUGAGAAACGUACUGUAGGGCAGUCACCAGAAAAAACCUAACUGUAAUGCUUUCAAUAGUGUAAUAUUUGUAUCUAUUUCCAUGCCAGCAAUGUCUGCUGUGCACUGUGUCCUAUUACUGUAAAUCACCUGGUUUAUUAUUCUAAUGGGAACUAACUUGUUUUGUAAUGGAAUCCAGAGCAGAUAUGUAUAAUAUGAUCAGGAUUGUCCUACUGUUGUAAAUAAGAACAGGUCCUGUUUAUUUUGACAUCUUUUUACAAAUGCAUUGUAUUAGGGUGUGAAUAUUCUGAACCAUGCUCUUGUUUAAAGUUUUGAAAUUUUUAUUGGUAAAUGUAACAUUUUAAUGGUUGUAAUAAUUAUUUGUAUAGAUAUGA